GCGCCUUCCGGAGGCCGCCGAACUGUUCUUUCCUCCCAGUCUGUCGCUUUCGAAGUGCCCUGAGCGAGGUUCAGGGAGGCCGCCGCCACUGGAGGGGCAUUUUUUUGUGGCUCUGACGCCUCCCUGUGCGCGGCUACUCCGGCCCUUGCCCUUUGACCCUGCUUGCGGUGGGGUGAGAGGUCGGUGGCCAUCUUGUGGCGGCGGCGCGGGCGGCUGUUACUGCGGAGACCCAUCCCCUCCCCCUCCUUACCCCCUGGCAGUCUGUCAGUCAGUAAAGAGCCCCGCAGGCAGUCAGGUGAGGCCCCGGCCUCGUGCCGUCACUCUUCCCGCCGCACUGGGCGGCCCAGGCCGCUCCCUGCAGGGCCCCGCCGCCGCCACCAUGUCCUCCUUCUCCGAGUCGGCGUUGGAGAAGAAGCUCUCGGAGCUGAGCAACUCUCAACAGAGCGUACAGACCCUGUCCCUGUGGCUCAUCCACCACCGCAAGCACGCGGGACCCAUCGUGUCUGUGUGGCACCGCGAGCUCCGCAAAGCCAAAUCAAAUAGAAAGCUUACUUUUCUGUACUUAGCCAAUGAUGUCAUCCAAAACAGUAAAAGGAAAGGACCUGAAUUCACUAGAGAAUUUGAAUCUGUCCUUGUGGAUGCUUUUUCUCAUGUUGCCAGAGAGGCAGAUGAAGGCUGUAAAAAACCUUUAGAAAGAUUGCUGAACAUCUGGCAAGAAAGAAGUGUGUAUGGCGGCGAGUUCAUACAGCAGCUGAAGCUGUCUAUGGAGGACUCCAAGAGCCCUCCCCCCAAAGCAACAGAGGAGAAGAAAUCUCUGAAGCGAACUUUUCAGCAGAUACAAGAGGAGGAGGAUGAUGACUACCCUGGAAGCUACUCUCCCCAAGAUCCUUCUGCAGGACCCCUCUUGACUGAGGAACUGAUCAAAGCUUUGCAGGACCUGGAAAAUGCUGCAUCAGGGGAUGCUACUGUCCGGCAGAAGAUUGCUUCUUUGCCCCAGGAAGUGCAAGAUGUUUCUCUGUUGGAAAAAAUAACAGACAAAGAGGCAGCUGAACGUCUUUCAAAAACAGUAGAUGAAGCAUGUCUGUUACUAGCAGAAUAUAACGGGCGCCUGGCGGCAGAACUGGAAGACCGGCGCCAGCUGGCUCGGAUGCUGGUGGAGUACACCCAGAACCAGAAAGAUGUUUUGUCAGAAAAGGAGAAAAAACUAGAAGAAUAUAAACAGAAGCUUGCUCGGGUAACCCAGGUCCGCAAGGAACUGAAGUCCCAUAUUCAGAGCUUGCCAGACCUCUCAUUGCUGCCCAACGUCACAGGAGGCUUGGCCCCCCUGCCCUCUGCUGGUGACCUGUUUUCAACUGACUAGGACAGGUGUCAUGCCCCAGAUUCCCAUCUCUACCAGCAGAAAGAAGAGGGCAAGUCAUGGUUGGAAAUAACCUUGUGGCCCCUGGUUCGGUCCCUCCUUCAUCCCGGUCCCGCAGCCUCAAGAAAGAACCACAGACUCUGAUUCUCCUCUCCGUCCUCUCUUGUUGAGCACAAUUCAGAACAGUGGCGAGUGGAGUCCAGUUUAGAUUCAUAUGUGGAAGGAAUACAAACUCUCCCACUUCACGUUUUCGUGCCCCUGUCGGUUUUCCAUUCUUAGCUCUUUCUUUACACCCAAGAAGUUAUGAAAAUCAUGUGUACUUCUGGAAGCUUUCAGAAGAAUCUUGUCGCUUAUGACAGCAUUGUGUCAUGAAAGCAGCUUCUCUUUUUGAGCUGGGCUUGUUCAAGUUCAGUACAGGCCUCCACUGAAGGACUCGCUCUGGAGUCUUUGACUUUCCUGGCUACCAUCCACCCUGAAGGUUGGAGGCACAACUGUCAACGCAGCUUUGCCAUAAAGAGUUUGCCAAAUCUCAUCCUUCCUUUCCCUUCUAGUGGUGUAUAGUCAAAGGUGAGGUGAGGUGCGUUUGUUUUAUAAGCAGACUAGGGAAUCUAGCAAUAAGAUUCAACGCUGAUCUGGAACAUAAAGUCACAGUUCAGAAACAAGAGUAACAGGGAUCACAAACAUGAGUUAAAAAUAAGUUAUUUGCUUCAGGUUCCUACAAACAGCCUUCCCAGGCACCCACUGUCAGAGAAAACGUUCCUAAAAACCUGGAUCUUUUGGCCCUAAUCGGUUGUGAAGGCAAUUGUUAGAAAUGGCACUGGCGGACCCCAAAAGCUGAAGGCUUACUAAGAGUCUGGGCUCUGCACAGGUGUUGCUUUAUCGACCCAUGUCUUUUGGGGAGCAGGGCUCACACUAACAUUUACUUCACUGGGCGCAUGUCUACAGUAUGGUGAGUAGACUUGAAUAUCUCCCUUGCGAUCACGACACUCUGUGCAUGUUUGUCCGUUUACGCCACUGGCCCCUGCACGUGUCUUUGUGCCCGGAGGAGGAGGAGUACUCGGAUGGGCUGUUACUGAAUAGCUCAUCUCGGGCAGAGGAAGGGGGGGAAGUCAGGGAUUUUAAUUUUGGGUUUUAAUUCCAUUAUCAUGCCAGCUGACAUUAUGACUAUAUAAUGUACUUAAGAAAGGAUUUUUACCUUGCUUUUAGUGAAAGUUAGGCCUGCUAACUGUAAAUCAUUCUGAUUUGGCAGGCUUAUUUUUGACAUUGGAAAGGGCAGAAAAAAAUUUGCCCCAAUAGUAUAAUAGGAGUCAGAGCCCAGAGGCUGAAAUCCAGAAGCUAUAAAAAGGAAUUCAG